UGUGUGAUUUCCAUCAAUCCCAUUGGUUAGUUUCUCUCUUAUUCAUCUUUAUUUCUUAUAUCGUAUUCAUGCCCUAAAUGUCUACUAAAAAAAUUCCUAAUAAUUUGGGGAAAAUUUAUGAUAAAAAGAACGGGGGCAAUAAUAGUAAAAAUAAUAAGAAUUAUGUGAGUGGCAUUAGUAAGAAGGGGGUAAAGAGUAGACAUGGUAAAAUGAAAGUGGUGACACAACCAACAACAAAAAGGAACUGAUUGGAGCUCCCACCGGAUUUAAUGGUGGACAUACUUAGUGGGGUCGGUUUGAUUGACAUACUUGUUAAUGCCCAAAAAGGUAUAAACUCUGCAAGGAACAUCCUGCCAUGUGGAGGGUCAUUUUUAUGGACUAUGAAUCUAUGAACAUUCGCUUUCGUUGGUCGGUAGACGAAAAGAAGCGCAAAAGUUGUGUAAGGAUGCUGUUGAUAGAAGCCAAGGCCAGUUGGUUGAUAUCACUAUGGUGGACUCUUGUGACGAUGAAUAUCUUCGGUAUGUUGCUGAUAGAUCAAGUCAGCUUAAGCAUCUUGACCUUGGAUUUUUCCAGUGGUUUGAUUUAUCUGUCUGGACUGAAGCGUUGAAGAAGCUUUCAUUGUUGGAGGAAUUCAGCGUUUAUGGAACAGAUAUACCAAGCGACCUUGUUGCAACUUUAGCCUCUUAUUGCCCCAACCUAAAAACAUUAAAACUUAAUAACAUACAUUCAUUGGUAAAAGAUGAGAUGGCCAUAGCUAUUGGAGAAAGCUUACCUAAGUUACACCAUCUUGAACUCACUUGGAGCUAUGUGUCAAAUAUUGGGUUGCAGGCGAUUCUCGAUGGCUGUGUUCACCUUGAAUCGCUUGACUUGCGUAUGUGUUGCUUCAUUGAUCUCAAGGGACAGAUAGGGAAAAGAUGUUCACGACAGAUUAAAUGUCUACAACGACCCAAUGAUCCUAUAAACAUAUUUCACUAUGGAGAGAGGGUUGAAUAUACCACUAUGGAGAAAUUUUUUGAUUUUGUUAGCACUUAAUCUCCAUAUUAUUUUUUCUUUGUUUAUCUUUUACGUGGUCAGUUAGCUAGCUUUCAGGUUGACACUUAAUUGUUUUCUUAUCUAAUUUGUAACUCGGUU